GCUAUGGAUACCCCUCCAAAUACCUGUGAAUGAAAGCCGCCCGUAGGUAAAGGAUGAUGAGGAGGAGGUGUCUUCCUCCUCGAUGAUAGCGUCGCACCUGCGCCCUGCCUCUCCGCUCGUCACCUCACCGCCCACCGGUUUGUUUCCUGGUCGUCACCCUGUUGUUGUGUCUGUCUCGCUCAGUCACCGACCGGCAGUACUUCUUCAACUCUAGCUGCCACAUCAUAGUGUCCUUCCAAGACCGCGUUCUCCUGUGAAAUGUGGAGUAAGUAACCAGUGACAAAAACCAGCCAGCGAAGGAUCACCGCUGCCGCACCGGAGUAGGAGGAGGAGGAGGGGGAGAAAUGCAAGACAAACCCGGCAAGGCAGCUUCCGCUAGCGGUGCACCCGCAGCGCAGAAUGAAGUACAUUUGAAUGGGCAUACUGUCACACAAAAUGGCCACAGCCCACCAAGUACACCUACACCACAGCCACAGUCUGAAUGCCAGCUACCUACUCCAACACCGACUGUCCAGAGAGAGCAGUGGGGUGGAAAGUAUGAGUUCCUGCUCUCCUGUAUUGGAUACUGCGUGGGACUGGGGAACGUGUGGCGGUUCCCCUACCUUUGUUACCGCAAUGGGGGAGGUGUGUUUCUCAUCCCCUAUUUCAUCAUGCUCUUUGUUACGGGUGUUCCACUCUUCCUCAUGGAGCUGAGUUUAGGCCAGUAUGGUGCAGCCGGCCCGAUCACUGUGUGGAAAUGCUGCCCACUGCUUAAAGGUAUUGGAAUUGGGAUGCUAUGUGUGUCCACAUUGGUGUGUCUCUACUAUAAUGUCAUCAUAGCGUGGACAUUUUACUACCUGGGCAGCUCAUUCCAGAGCCCCCUGCCCUGGUCCUGUGACGCAAUCGCCAAUGCAGCUCUCUGUAGUGGUAACAUCACUUCCAAUAGUUCCACUGGUAAAGUCCUCACCCCCACAGAAAUUUUCUGGAAUGAGCGCGUCCUGGGUGUAGUACACAGCAAGGGCCUUCACGAUCCGGGCCCUGUCCGGUGGCCCCUGGCCCUGUGCCUGCUGGCUGCGUGGCUCAUCAUCUUCCUGUGCAUGCUCAAGGGCAUUCGCAGUUCUGGCAAGGUGGUUUAUGUAACAGCUACCUUCCCGUACAUUGUCCUCAUUGUUUUGAUCAUCAGAGGUGCGACUCUGGAGGGCUCUCUCCAGGGCGUCGCUUUCUACCUCACACCCGACUGGAGCCGCUUGGCUAAUGCACAGGUGUGGAAUGAUGCAGCCUCACAGAUCUUCUACUCAUUAGGUAUUGGAGUCGGGGGGCUGCUCUCUAUGGCCUCUUACAAUAAGUUUGACAACAAUGUCAUCCGGGACACUAUAGUGAUCACCACAGGAAACUGUUGCACCAGCUUCUUUGCUGGAUUUGCUAUAUUCUCAAUCCUGGGUCACAUGGCAUAUAGGAAGGGAGUGCCCGUGGGACAGGUUGCAGAUACAGGUCCCGGGUUAGCCUUUGUUGCUUACCCAGAAGCCCUUGCUCUGCUGCCAGGCUCAGUGUUCUGGUCCAUUAUGUUCUUCCUCAUGCUCUUUAUGCUGGGGGUUGAUACAUUGUUUGGAAACAUGGAGGGCAUCACCACAGCCGUGCUGGAUGAGUUUCCUCACCUCCGAGCGAACACACUGCAAAAGUCCUUAUUCUUGGGUGCUUUGUGUUUUGUCUUCUACCUGAUGGGCCUCCUGUUAGUCACUAAUGGAGGAAUUUACUGGUUCACUCUCAUUGACUCCUUCAGCACUAGUUUUGGCCUCAUCAUCAUCACCCUCUUCAUGUGCCUUGGCAUCUCCUUCUUCUAUGGAGUCAACCAGUUUUGUCAAGACAUUGUUGAUAUGAUCCGCCACUGCCCUCCCUGGUGCAGCAAAGUGCUGAUUUACUUCAAAGCAUGCUGGGUUUUCUGCACUCCGUUUCUUCUACUGUUCAUCCUGACCUACAUCUUCAUUGAGAUGUACAGAACGUCACUCCGCUACGGCCAAUACGUGUAUCCACGGUGGGGUAAAGCCUUGGGUGUGUGCAUGGGGGCGGCCUGCUGUUUACAGAUCCUCAUCUGGGCCUUUGUCGCCAUCAGCAAAGAAACUGGAACACUGAAAGAACGUUUCCAGAAAUCAAUUCGACCACUGAAUUCCUGGAGGGAAAAUAACUUGAACAGCACCGGGAGAUUAGAGGAGACCGUACAGCCUGAGCAAGUGGAUACUCCAUACACGGUCACGCUCACCGACAUGGAUUUUACUGCGAUGACGUGGGACAGGGGAAGCCAGGCGUAACAGAACAGAGCAGUUGUGGAUACACGAUGAGCAAACUAUGUUGUAAAGAGACAGAGGAAUUUACUAUUUUGUUCAGCUUGGAUUAUCAUAUAUGCGUGACUGCAUGAAGAUAUCUCAAUGAAGGGAAUCUUGCAGUUAAUAGGCUAAACGUAUUUAUUGUCAUAGUAGCACAGUGCAAUGAACUUUUACUGACAGCAGCCAACAUCUGCUGUCCAAGGUGGAAUAAGAAAGAGCAGCUUUGUGACUGUUACCCUUCAUGCUACUGAUGGACCCAGAGAAGCGACCACAAACAAUUGCACUGCCAGACUGUUGGCAUUGACAACAGCAGGAAUAUUUUUAAUUCAGUUUUUAUAAAUGAAUGAUUGGUAGAAUAAAUACAUUAUUUAUACAAUAUGUUGCCAAUUAACUAUUUUUCAGGGUACUGUCUGUAUGUCAAUGAGACACCUGACUCUGACAUUUUCAUUUCAAAUGACUAGUGCCCACAGUUUCUGCAGAAAAUGUAGCAUUUGUUUCACUUCUAGUGAAAACUUUUAGUCUUUGCACAUCUAAAUACAACUGAGUAACAAAGGCUAAAGUAGUACUGUAGAUAAGGCUUCACGUGUAUCACAGUUAUUAUAUCACACUUUACUUUUUUUCUUUCAACUUUACUGAAAUUUGAAUUUGACAGUCCUUCACUGUCAGUGAAGUUUUUUUUUGUUUGUUUGUUUUUUUAGGAAACUAAUGAAGUCAUUAGAGUUAAAUGUACCCCCUUAGGAUGUGUUCAUUGUUAUGGUUUGAAAUUUGCCUCAGUUUGUCACCACUUUGCUUGAAAAUGUGCAUGGACAGUGCCAAUAACACCAGAACAACAGAGAAGGGAGUACAUUAAGACCCCACACACAUGAGACAGCUCACCAGGACACACUGGUUGCAUUAAUGUGCUGUGCAUCUCUUUAAGGGGCUGACUAAACUUGGCUGUCCCAGAUUAAAUCCAUUUAAGGCUAGCUGCACGGUUUGCUUUGAUCCUGUUUUCUAUGAUUUAUGAGUUAGCAGGGGAUAACUGACCCACCAUUUUCCAGGCAGGAGUUUCUCAAAAACCUACUUUAAUGUGCUUCCCUCAAGUAUUGUUGCAAACAAACAGAUGAUAAUGCUAACAUGCCAGAUCCACAAUUUCUGUGUUUUCAAAUCCUUUCUGGAGUACAAACUUUAUGUAUUUAGAAUAGGGUAUCUUUUUUUUCCCCAUUUUGGCCACAGUAGCUUUUAUUCAUAGUGGAGAGAGAGACAGGAAAUGGGGAAAGACAUGCGGGCAAACUGGCAACAGACUGGGACUUGAACCAUAUGCACGUGGUCGCCAGCUUCACCACUAAGCCACCUGGGUGCCCAGCAGGAUUUCUUCUCAAACCUUUACAUAAACCUUUAAGAACAUUUUUCUUACUUUUUUUAGGAUACUAUGUAACAAAACUCACUCAGUGUUUCUGUUCAUUUUGUCAUUCUCAUGUACAAUGGCAUAUGUAGACUCAAUAUUCUCAUAUAAUUAAUUGCUUUUGCUUAUUGUAUACUUUUUCUAUAUGCUGAUAAAAAAAAUUUAAAACUG